UUUAAUGGUUUCAGACCCCAAAAGCCCUAGAGUCAGAAAAUAACUAUAUUUGUUCCACACUUUGCAUCCCUCCGCCACCCAGCAGAUUAGCUCUUCAAUCUCUCAUCGGGUCAGCUACCCUCCGACCUCCGAUCCCAUCUUCAGCUUAAAAAAUGUCAGGAGAAGAAGUUGCAGUUGCCCAACCUGAGGCACCAGCUGCUCUUGGUGAGCCAAUGGACAUUAACACAGCCUUGCCUCUUGUGGUGAGGAAGUCAAAAGCUCACGGUGGACUUGCUCGUGGCUUACAUGAAGCUGCCAAGGCAAUUGAAAAGCACAAUGCUCAUCUUUGUAUUCUAGCAGAUGACUGCGACCAGCCUGAUUAUGUUAAGCUGGUCAAGGCACUAUGCGCUGACCAUAAUGUUAAAGUGCUACGUGCACCUAGUUCAAAAACACUUGGCGAGUGGGCAGGUUUGUGUAAGAUUGAUUCUGAAGGGAAAGCACGGAAGGUGGUCGGUUGCUCUUGUGUGGUUGUCAAGGAUUAUGGUGAACAACACGAAGCUGUCGAAGUUGUUCAACAGCACAAGGAUUAAGUCAAGUGGAUGGUUUCAUGGUAGAAUCGGAGUUUUUUUUUCCAGCCAGUCAAGAUAUUUGCUUGAGCUAUCUUGUUUUCUGAAGGCUAAACUGGUUGGUGUUUCUUAUGUAUGCGACCUGUUUCCUUUUAAAUUAUUGGCAAACCUUUUCGAUAUCCAACAUUUUUUAUAUAUUCUUUU